CGGGGCGAAGCUCAACACCAUCCAGCUGGGACCGGCUUCGUGGAGACAGACAUGGCGUGCGGCUUCCGCAGGUCUAUCGCCUGUCAGCUUUCAAGAGUGUUGGAUCUUCCUCCAGAAUCCUUGAUCAAGUCAAUAUCUGCAGUUCCAAUUUCCAGAAAAGAAGAAGUAGCUGACUUUCAGCUUUCUGUGGAUUCUCUAUUGGAAAACAACAAUGACCAUUCAAGACCAGAUAUUCAACUUCAAACCAUGAGACUGGCAGAGAAGCUAAAAUGUGACACAGUGGUGAGUGAAAUCAGCACUGGUCCAGGGACUGUAAAUUUCAAAAUAAACAGAGAACUAUUAACAAAGACAGUACUACAGGAAGUGAUUGAAGAUGGCUCAAAAUAUGGAUUAAAAAGUGAACUUUUUUCUGGCCUUCCGCAGAAGAAGAUCGUGGUUGAAUUCAGUUCACCUAAUGUUGCCAAAAAAUUUCAUGUUGGACAUUUGCGUUCUACCAUCAUAGGAAAUUUUAUAGCAAAUCUCAAAGAAGCUUUAGGACAUCAAGUAACAAGAGUAAAUUAUCUUGGGGAUUGGGGCAUGCAGUUUGGUCUUUUGGGAACUGGCUUCCAGCUGUUUGGCUAUGAAGAAAAACUCCAGUCCAAUCCUUUACAGCAUCUCUUUGAAGUUUAUGUACAAGUUAAUAAAGAAGCAGCAGAUGAUAAAAAUGUAGCAAAAUCAGCACAUGAGUUCUUCCAGCGAUUGGAACUGGGCGACACGCAAGCACUUGCACUCUGGCAGAAAUUUCGGGACUUGAGCAUAGAAGAGUACAUUCGGAUUUACAAGCGUCUAGGAGUACGCUUUGAUGAAUAUUCAGGAGAAUCAUUUUAUCGUGAAAAAUCUCAAGAAGUCUUAAAGUUGCUGGACAGUAAAGGACUCCUACAGAAGACAAUAAAAGGCACAGCUGUAGUGGAUCUGUCAGGGAAUGGUGACCCCUCCUCAAUUUGUACUGUAAUGCGAAGCGAUGGGACGUCUCUCUAUGCAACCAGAGAUCUUGCAGCUGCUAUAGAUCGAAUGGACAAGUAUAAUUUUGAUAAAAUGAUUUAUGUGACAGAUAAAGGGCAAAAAAAGCAUUUUCAGCAAGUGUUCCAAAUGCUGCAGAUCAUGGGAUAUGACUGGGCAGAAAGGUGCCAACACGUGCCCUUUGGGGUAGUGCAGGGAAUGAAGACUCGAAGAGGAGACGUUACUUUUUUGGAAGAUGUUCUAAAUGAGAUUCGAUUGAGGAUGCUACAGAACAUGGCUUCUAUUAAGACCACCAGAGAGCUGGAGAACCCCCAGGAGACAGCAGAGAGGGUGGGGCUCGCAGCCCUCAUCAUUCAGGACCUCAGAGGUUUCCUGUUAUCUGACUAUCAGUUCAGCUGGGAUCGUGUUUUCCAGAGUCGCGGGGACACGGGAGUCUUCCUGCAGUACACACAUGCCCGCCUCCACAGUUUGGAAGAGACUUUUGGAUGUGGUUAUCUAAAUGACUUCAACACUGCUUGCUUGCAAGAGCCACAGUCUGUUUCCAUUCUCCAGCAUCUUCUCAGGUUCGACGAGGUGCUUUAUAGGUCAGCCCGAGACCUUCAACCCAGGCACAUUGUCAGUUACCUUCUAACUCUAAGUCAUCUUGCAGCAGUGGCACACAAAACACUACACAUAAAAAACAGUCCUCCUGAAGUGGCCGGGGCCAGACUUCAUCUUUUCAGAGCUGUCCGCUCAGUCCUAGCCAACGGAAUGAAACUUCUUGGAAUAACACCUGUAUGUAGGAUGUAAUUUCUAAUUAAAAUUGCUUUUAAAAUACUAAAUGAAUUCUAGUUAUCUAUUCUUACAUGCCUUGCUAUUUAGAAUAGAACUGAAACUAUUAUUCUAUGUCAGAAUCUAUAUUUUAUUGUCUAUAUUUUAUUAAGUGAUUUAUCAACUUAUUAAAUCUUUAUCUUUUAAAA